GGACAGGCGACCCAACCGUCCUCAGAAUGCCUGCAGAGCGAGUCGCAGGGCGAGCGGGAGGGGGCCAGGACCGCGGGCCUCCCUUACCAAGAUGGCUUCGGCGCCCAGCCCGCGGGGCAACCAUCUUGGUAGAGGCGAGAGCAGCGGCGGCCGCGGGGCAACGCUGGCCAGGCCACCAGAUUCGAAGGUCACAAUGAGAGAGUCACCGGGCAAAGGGGAGCAAAACCUUGCUGUAACCCGUGCCCUCUCCGGCCCCGGGGCGCCCGGUGCGCUGCGCGCCGCCCCAGCGACGGCUCACUCCACGUAUGGCGAGGCGGCGAGUGCUCCGGCGCUGCCUACAGCUGCUGGCACCCUCGGCGGAGCCGGCGCGGCGGGGCCGGGGGCGGAGGAACCCAGGCGCCGGACGCCGCGGCCCCUCCCGGGGCACUGGAGCUGUGUGGCCGGUGGCGCUGUGGCCCGCAGGUCAGGAGCAGCAGCGGCGGCGGCGCGCGCGCCUGGCCGCGGCCCGCACAAGUUCUUCACCAAAGGAUAUGGAUGAAGGUGAAAGCAGCCAGUCCCUGAUGACAAGCAGCCAGUAUCCUAAAGAAGCAGUAAGAAAACGUCAAAAUUCAGCUCGGAAUUCUGGAGGAAGUGAUUUCUCUAAGUUUUCCAGGAAAAGCUUCAAGCUGGAUUAUAGACUAGAGGAAGAUGUAACUAAGUCAAAGAAAGGAAAAGAUGGGAGAUUUGUUAACCCUUGGCCAACAUGGAAAAAUCUCUCUAUUUCAAAUGUUCUCAGAUGGCUGAUAAUGGAGAAGGAUCACAGCAGUGUUCCAUGUUCCAAAGAGGAACUUGACAAAGAACUCCCAGUGCUUAAACCAUAUUUUAUCAAUGACCCUGGAGAAGCUGGAGUGAGGGAAGCUGGCCUCAGAGUCACAUGGCUGGGACAUGCCACGCUGAUGGUGGAAAUGGACGAACUCAUAUUUCUUACAGAUCCUAUCUUUAGCUCUCGUGCUUCUCCUUCACAGUACAUGGGUCCAAAGCGAUUUCGCCGUCCCCCAUGCACAAUAAGUGAACUCCCCCCAAUAGAUGCAGUCCUUAUCAGUCACAACCACUAUGACCACCUGGACUACAGUUCUGUCAUUGCUUUGAAUGAGCGGUUUGGUAAUGAGUUGAGAUGGUUUGUGCCUUUGGGUCUCCUCGACUGGAUGCAAAAAUGUGGCUGUGAGAACGUGAUUGAGCUGGACUGGUGGGAGGAGAAUUGUGUCCCUGGCCAUGAUAAGGUCACCUUUGUCUUUACACCUUCCCAGCACUGGUGUAAAAGGACCCUAAUGGAUGAUAACAAGGUUCUUUGGGGAAGCUGGUCUGUCUUGGGGCCUUGGAAUCGAUUUUUUUUUGCAGGAGAUACUGGUUAUUGCCCUGCUUUUGAAGAGAUAGGAAGAAGAUUCGGACCUUUUGACCUUGCUGCUAUUCCCAUUGGAGCUUAUGAACCAAGGUGGUUUAUGAAAUACCAGCAUGUAGACCCAGAAGAAGCUGUCAGGAUUCACAUCGAUGUUCAAACAAAGAAAUCUGUGGCAAUUCACUGGGGAACUUUUGCCUUAGCAAAUGAGCAUUACUUAGAGCCUCCAGCGAAACUAAGUGAAGCUCUAGAAAGAUAUGGACUUAAGACUGAAGAUUUUUUUGUCUUGAAGCAUGGAGAAUCAAGAUACUUAAGUAAUGAUGAUGAAAGCUUUGAAUAUGAGAACAGGAGCUUUCAAUGAAAAAAACAUCAUUGGAUGUAAAUUUGAAGGCAAAUGAAAAGACUUAAAAGAAAUUCAUGAAUAUUAUGACACCGGGAAAAAAACUUCUGCAAGUGUUUUAUGUUUUGUGUAAUAACUUGCUUACUAAUAUGACAACUAGCUUAUAUAAGAGUUCCGGAGUGAGGUAUUUAAAUGAUGAGUUUGACAAUGUGGAUUUAAAAAUCUUAUAUUAAUGGUAUAAGCAUUGCAAUAGAAAUUUUUUACUAAAGCAUUAUAUUCUAAUGGUGGUAGAAUUUUCUGAGGUAAUGAAGAACUUAUUAAAGAUUCAUUUGUUUGUCUGUUUUUCAGGAUCUCUACAAGGUGAAUCAAGGUUUUCUAGUUACCUAGAUUUUUUCAGAGGCCUAUAUGCAUACACUCAUAUCUUCCUUAUGUUUACAUAGUAGUAAAUGAUAAAAUUGAUUCCCACAUGCUUAUAAACAGCAGUUCUUGCUCUGUCAAGACUAGAUUAUGUUAAAUGUUAAGUGAUUUAUUUUGUUAAGCAUAAAAAUAUAGGAUUUGGGCUAAGUUAUCAUUUUAAAAGAUAUUUAAAAUUUAUUGUGGCAAGAUAUACAUAACCUAAAAUUUAUCAUUUUAACCAUUUAAAAAAGUGUACAGUCCUUUUAUAUUCACAUUCUUGUGAAGCCAUGAUCACCAUAAACUUAAAUUUCUAAGAGGGGAUAGUAUAUUUUACUGCACCUCUAUGAUCCCCAAAUUAAAAGCCUUAUUUGGGCAGAGGAAGGGAAACAAUAUGGAUAUGAACAUGAUUUAUGAAAUUUUCUAUUUUUAAUCUAAAAGACAUAAGCACAAAUAUAGCUACAAUGAAAUAUUUUACAGAUGAAAUAAAUGUAGAUCAUAAAUGUGAAUAGGUUCAUAUACUUUGAAUUAAAUUUUACUUUCUCUAUUUUCUGUAUAUACAUUCUUUUUUUUCCUGGUCUCUCAGCUCUAACUCUAAAUAUAUCAGUAAGAUUUAUUUUAUAAAUACUUUGUUUUACAUGAUUCAGAUGUCAUAUAUUUUUAUAUUAAAUGACUUCUAAGCAUGAUUGUACCUUUUAUUAAGUCAGUGUGGCAUACCAGUGGUAAACAGAGAUUCUGGUUGUUGGUGACCUGAGUUUUAGUCUUAAAUAAGGCUCUGUAUUCACUUGAUUACCCUGAAACUUCUUAAGGGAGUGAGCUGUAUUAGAUGCUAAUGGAGGCCUGUUCUGUUUACCUUAUCUGCAGACAUAGUAAAAUAAACUUUAUUCAUACAAAAUAAUUAGAAUAGGUUUUCCACACUAAAUAUACAGCCUCACAGUGCUCUAUAAUUUGCACAUAUGUAUGCAUGCCAAAAAUUAGCCACUAAAUCUUAAUUUUAAUCCUCUCAUCAUUUCAUCAUGGAUUUUCUGUCAUCGAAAACAAAUCACCUAUACUCACUGUGCCUCAGUUUCCUCACACGCAACAAGAGGAUAAUUUUCUCCUACCUCCAAAACAUGUAGGAUAAAUAUUUUUAAAAGCACUUUAGAAUUCUAAGGGAGAAAAUGAUUUAAGAUAUCACUGCCUAAUACAGAUAGGUACAUUUGAGAGCUGAAAGUAGGCUAAUCCUUUUUAUAACAUUGUUCCUGUUGCAUCCUGUGUAUUAGGACACCAAACAUCUCACUCAUUUUGUAGAAUUGGAGAGUAAUAGCAAAUAUAAGUAACCUCUUGUAAUUUAAUAUUUUUAUCUAAAAAGGUUCAAAUCAGUCAAGGGGGAAGUGUGUACACAAUGUAUAUGUGGGUAUAAUGUAUGUGAAUGUGUAUGAUUUGGGGGCUCAAAAGCACAAAAAUUCCCCAAAAAGAAAAAUAAACUUCAGGAAAAACAAUAAGCAUAAACUUUUUCACUCUAAGCAGAUGUGAAUCCAGAUGUUAGGGUCAGGGUGGGUUUAGCUUGAGGCAUACUGCCCUAACACUAGUCAGCAUUCUUGUGAUCGUCUUCCUUGUUGCACAUUGAACUGAAAUUCAUGCCUUACCUCUUUGCUAUGAACAAGCCAAGUGUAUCUUAGGUAUUUCUUCUCCAUGAAUGAAUGGCCUUAACAUUAUUUUUGUAUUCACAUGUACUGUUUAAUUCAGUAUCUAAGCACUUUAAAUUGUAUUCUAAUGUCAUUUAAUUGGGCCAACCUUAUUUUUCUAGGCUUCCUUGCUUUGGUUUUUAUUGCCAUUCAUCUUUUUUCCCCAUAUUUUUUAUUGGUACAUCACCAUUCAUGUUCUUUUUACAUUAACUUUAAUGUACUUAAUUUUUAUUAACUACAUCUAACUUCAUUGUUCCUUAUCACAACCACCCUACCGAGUGGUUUGCACUUUCUCACUUACCUACAUUUUGAAGGGUUUAAGUCAAUUUCAUGUUCUUUAAUUAGCAAGCAUCCUGAGGAUGCUUACUCUGAUAUACCUUACUGCCUAAGAGUAGGUCCAUCAGUUAGACACACCACCUACUGAAAGUGAUGAUGUGUUAGGUGUGGUGGCUCAUGUCUGUCAUCCCAGCUACUUGGGAGGCUGAGGUAGGAGGAUUGUGGGUUUCAGACGAGCCUGGGAAAUUUGGUGAGAUCGUGUCUCAAAAUAUAAUGGUGGAGAUAUAGCUCCAUGGUAGAGCACCCAUGGGUUCAAUCCCCAGUAAGCACUCCUACAACACACAAAAGGUAAAGAUGUGAUGACCUACACAGAAAAGAUCUAUUUGUGUAUUUUUAUUAUGAAGUCUUCUGAAGAAGCUAAAAGUUACUCCCCCCUUCUUUAGCAUACUGACAUUUCAGAAUCAAUGCUGUGAUCUCUAGGAAGUAUCGUUACUUAUUAACAACAUCUUAGUGUUGAAUUACUAAGAGAGGAAAAGAUAUGGAGUUUUAGAAUCUGGUGCUUCUAAAGCACAUUAAAUACAAAUCCUGGUUUUUAAUAUGUGCACAUUUUGAACACAUAGCUUCAUUUAGUAGGGGACAGAGUUUUAGAAAAACUGUUACAAAGAAAUGUGCCUUUUGGAAAUUAAUACCUGUGUUGUGUCACCAACAUAUGAAAGUAUUAUUCUUAGCUAUCAUAUUACAUUACUACUGUAGCCCAUUGGGAAUUCCCUUUUUUCAUCUUAUAUUGCACCAUUUUUCUGCUGUAAAAGUAUUUCUUCAAAGUUCUAUUUCUGUAUCAGGAUAACCUAGAGGACACACAUUUUUCGGUUUGAGGAUUUGUGACUUCUUGUGGCAACAAGUUUAUAUCUGUAUAUUGGCAAAUGAACUUAAAGCACUCUCCAAGCUUUGUUGUAAGUUCAAAAAUAUAAAGCUUUUGCUUGCCUACUAAUUUACUUAAUGCUAAGCAUGAUGAGGACUAUGAACUUGUGUAUUAUAGAUCCUGACUGCAUUCAGAUAUAUCAAAUUGUUAAUACCCUGUGGGAUAAAAAUACUAUUUCAAUAGGUAACAGCUAAGACAUCUUUAUAUUGUAAUUCUAGUCCAGUAAAAUAUGGAUGAAAAUGAAUAAAGUACUGUCAAUUAAGGGGAGAAAAUAUGUAUAGACUUGUUGGUAACUUUUUCCUUUUUAUUAAAAAAAA